GCGGUUUGCAUUCUCCGUCAGACCCCGCCAGCGAAGGACAGUACAGCAAUCUACCCAGCAAACGACUUAAUGUAUGUUCUAGGGCAUUUAUUUGACUGAAAUAUACACAGGACGACCUACACCCCUCGGCUUACUGUUAUUUUCAUUUAAUUGUCAUCCAUGAGAUUCUUCAGGCUUACCUUCAAGUGCUUCGUCGACUGCUUUUGAAUUCCCCCUCCUCAACGUCUGACUGCGACGCUUUGUAAAUAUUCAAUUUCUUGGGUUUCGAACUCGCUGUCAUAAAACACACUUUGGGAUUUCAAGAAAACAGAAGACGGCAACAAAAGGACUGUACUAUCCCUUCUCUAUCUCAGACGCACUGAGUACUCUUGCUAUCUAGUUUAACGUUACCACUCUAACGUUAGCUAGUUAGCCACCACCAUUUGGUUUGACCAAUACAGCUACCUAGCCCGCAAUUUCUUGACCUGAUAAAUCAUCAUUGUGGUGCUAGUUUGUCAAAUAUGUCUCCCGAAGUGGAAGACAACAGCCCAGGGGACAUCCUUCUCUCCCAGGACGAGGUUGGGAUUCCUGUAGAAGAGGAGAGUGGUGGGGUGGCUCGCCCCCUGGUGCCUGCUCCUGGGGCGGGGGAAGGGGGCGAAGAAGGAGGGGGUGGCCCCUCCCAGGCCCUCAGCCAGGCCACAGCAGUGCCUGUGGUGGAGAGAGAGACCUGGACCAGACAGAUGGACUUCAUCAUGUCCUGCGUGGGCUUUGCCGUUGGGCUGGGCAACGUGUGGCGCUUCCCUUACCUCUGCUACAAGAAUGGAGGAGGCGUGUUCCUGAUCCCCUACAUGUUGAUUGUGUUCAUCGGAGGUAUUCCUGUCUUCUUCCUGGAGAUCGCCCUGGGACAGUUUAUGAAGCAGGGAGGGGUCUCUGCCUGGAACAUCGCCCCCCUCUUUAAAGGUCUGGGCCUAGCCUCAAUGGUUAUAGUGUUCUUCUGUAACACGUACUACAUCAUGAUCCUGGUGUGGGGUCUCUACUUCCUCCUCCACUCCUUCGCCGACCCGUUACCCUGGGCAACCUGUGGACACGCCUGGAACACCCCCAACUGCACGCUCGACUUUCGCCGUGCGUGUCACAACCACAGCACCUCGCCCGCUGCCGCUCUCUCCUCCACCGCUGAUCCCUCCAUCCCUGCCUCGCUCCUCUCCUCCUCCUCCCCGCCCAAACCUUCCGUAGCCGUGCUCGUGUUCAACGGCAGCUGCGUGGAGCCGGAGGGCAUGCGAUCUCCAGUCAUCGAGUUCUGGGAGCGCAAGGUGCUGCGUCUGUCUGGUGGUCUGGACGAGCCUGGAGACAUCAGCUACCAGAUGGUGCUGUGUCUCAUAGCCACCUGGGUCAUUGUUUACUUCUGCAUAUGGAAGGGGGUCAAGUCUACAGGCAAGGUGGUGUACUUCACGGCCCUGUUCCCCUACCUGGUGCUGGUGGUGCUGCUGGCCCAUGGUGUCACUCUGCCCGGGGCUCUGGAUGGCAUCGUGUACUACCUGAAACCCAACUGGUCCAAACUGUGGGAGGCUCAGGUGUGGAUCGAUGCAGGAACUCAGAUCUUCUUCUCUUACGCCAUCGGACUGGGGGCUCUGACCGCUCUGGGCAGCUACAACCGCUUCCACAACAACUGCUACCAGGAUGCAUUUGUGCUGGCCUUCAUCAACAGUGGAACCAGCUUCUUUGCAGGCUUCGUGGUGUUCUCAGUGCUGGGCUUCAUGGCAGCAGAGCAGGGGGUGGACAUCAGUAAGGUAGCUGAGAGUGGUCCGGGCCUGGCCUUCAUAGCCUACCCUAAGGCUGUGACCCUGAUGCCUCUCGCUCCACUCUGGGCAGCACUGUUCUUCUUCAUGCUGCUGGUGCUGGGCCUAGACAGCCAGUUUGUUGGUGUGGAGGGCUUGAUAACAGGGAUCAUGGACAUGCUGCCACCCAGAUCAAAACUGGGCGCACUGCGCCGCGAAGUUGUCGUGGCGAUAUGUUGCACUACCUGCUUCUUCAUUGACCUCUCCAUGGUAACGGAGGGAGGGAUGUAUGUGUUCCAGCUGUUUGACUACUACUCUGCCAGUGGGAUCACUCUCCUAUGGCAGGCCUUCUGGGAGUGUGUGGUGGUGGCCUGGGUCUAUGGUGCUGAUCGUUUCAUGGACGACGUGGCCCGAAUGAUUGGAUAUCGGCCCCUGCCCUACAUGAAACUGUGCUGGUCCUACAUCACUCCCCUCGUGUGUGUGGGAGUGUUCCUGUUCCAUGUGGUGAACUACAAGCCCCUGACCUAUAACUCGGUGUAUGUGUACCCCUGGUGGGGAGAGGCGCUGGGCUGGCUGCUGGCCCUGUCCUCCAUGCUGUGCAUCCCCGUCACCGUCCUCUUCAAGCUGCUGCGCUGCCAAGGCACCCUCCGAGAGCGUUGGCAGCACCUGACUAUGCCUGUGUGGGGCCGACACCAUCUGGAGUACCUGUCUCCUGAAUCUGAAGCAAAGUUGUUGCCCCCUGCUGGACAGAGCAAGAACACCAUGGCUUUUGAGAGCGUCAUAUGAUCUCAAUCCGCCGCCCCCCCCCCCCCCCCCCCCCCCCAAGCAUCACGGAACACAGCUGAAUUCCAAACACACACAUACACACACUACUGUUCAAAAGUUUGGGGCCACUUUGAAAAUGUCCUCGUUUUCCAUGAAAACACUAAAUAAAAUGACUUUGACUUCAAAAAACUGCUAAAUGAAAGUGAAACAUAGUCAUUGACGAGGUUAGUAAUAAUGAUUUUUGGAAAUUUGAAUAAUAAUUGUGUCCUUCGAACUUUGAUUUCAAAGAAUCUGCAGCAAUUACAGCCUUGCAGACCUUUGGCACUCGACUUGUCAUUUGUAGAGGUCAUCUGAAGGGAAUUCACCCCAUGCUUCCUGAAGCACCUCCCACAAGUAGGAUUGGCUUGAUUGGCUUACGUAACAUGCCUGCAGUCAAGCUGCUCCCACAACAGCAACAGGGUGGAGAUCCGGUGACUCUGCUGGCCACUCCA